AUGGCAGAUAACCAAAGGAUGUGGUGGCAGCAUUGGACAGACACCAGCAAUAUCAAACCUUUGAACCACAUGAGGGCCAUUCAUGAGCCCCACAACCGGCCAGAGGAGCAGGUGUUCAUCAACCGCCGAGACAUCACUAGCAAAAAGGAUGCCUGGGACAUACAGGAGUUCAUCACUUGCAUGUACGUCAAGCAGCUGCUCCGACACUCGGCCUUCCAGCUGCUGCUGGCCAUGUUGCUGGUGAUCAACGCCAUCACCAUCGCUCUCCGCACCAACUCCAUCCUUGGCCAGAAACACUAUGAGUUGUUCUCUACCAUAGAUGACAUUGUGUUGACCACCCUUAUCUUUGAGCUUCUCCUUGGCUGGUUAAAUGGCUUCUGGAUUUUCUGGAAGGACGGCUGGAACAUCCUCAACUUCCUUAUCAUCUUUAUCUUGCUCCUGGGAUUCUUCAUUCGUGAACUCAAUAAUAUCUCUAUCACCUACACCCUCAGGGUGCUUCGUCUGGUGCAUGUCUGCAUGGCGGUGGAGCCCCUGGCCCGGAUCGUCCGCGUCAUCCUGCAGUCAGUGCCCGACAUGGCCAAUAUCAUGGCCCUCAUCCUCUUCUUCAUGCUGGUGUUCUCUGUAUUUGGGGUCACUCUCUUUGGUGCAUUCGUGCCCAUGCAUUUCCAGAACAUGCAAGUUGCCCUGUAUACCCUCUUUAUCUGCAUCACCCAGGAUGGCUGGGUGGACAUCUACAGUGAUUUUCAGAUGGAGAAAAGGGAGUACGCAAUGGAGAUUGGGGGCGCCAUCUACUUUGCCAUCUUCAUCACCAUUGGUGCCUUCAUUGGCAUCAACCUGUUGGUCGUCGUGGUAACCACCAAUCUGGAGCAAAUGAUGAAGGCAGGAGAGCAGGGGCAGCAGCGUCAAAUAGCCUUCAGUGAGACAGGCGAUGGCGAGGGAAUCUGGAAUAACCAGCUGUCACUGGUGCACUGUGUGGUCGCCCGUUUGGAGAAACCUGGUGUCUCCCAGGAGCCGCUUGUGCGGGGCCCCCUGUCGAACCUCUCGGAAAACACAUGCGACAACUUUUGCUUGAUGCUCGAGGCAAUACAGGAGAACCAGAUGCAGUACAAGGAGAUCCGAGAUGAGCUCAACACGAUAGUGAACGAGGUACACUCCAUCCGCUUCAACCAGGAGCUGGAGGAGGAGCUGAAGCACAGGUAUGUGUCCUGGAGCCUGUCAGAGAGCGUGCCCUCCAUGGACAUCCAGCAAGACUUAAUCACCGCGCUCAUCACCAGGGAAAAGGUUCAGGAAUCCAACACAAAUUUACUCCUUAACAAACAUAAGGCCAGCCGCUGAGAGCGCAGGAUUGGAGCCAAGGGGCAUGAGCACGCACAUCCAACUGCUGCAUCUCCCUGCAUCACUAGCAUGACUUGGCACAGCCUGGCCUGAGCCCAACCUCUCCCUUAUACCUAGGCAGAUGCCUAGGGAUGUAAAGGGGGCGGCAUCUCCAGGGCUUGUGCCUGUGAACCCCAGGUCCAGAGGAGCCAGGUUGGAGAAGGAUGCUGGAUGAGAGUGGGAGCCCUACAGCAAGGAUGAGCACAGAAGGGGGUGUUGACCAAGGCAGCCGGGGUCCUAAGGAUGAGCAUCCCUGGUCCCUUGCCAGACCAGAGUUAGGUAGGGUCUAAGUGGGCCUAAGCAGCAAGAAGAAAAAGGUGAGGCCAGUGUGGCCAGGUAUCUGUGUGUUGACAAUAAAGUUUUGUGUUGGGAUCAAUGUGUGUGAGUGGUGGAUCUCUCUAAGCCCUUGGGGCAACCUUGCCCCUCAAAAGCCUGAUAUCCAACGGGAGAGUCACUGGCUGUCCUCCAGAGCUUCCAGUCUAGUGGGAGAGAGAAACCACACCCUGAAAAUUUCUGACUUUAGUGAUAGAGAUCUAGUUCCUGUCCUUGGGGUCCUAAAUUCUGGGGGUGAAAGCCUGGGCCUCAUGGUUGGAAAUGGCUCUCUGUUGAAGGAGACAGCUCUACCCUCUCUCUCUGUUUGGAGGUAGAGACCAGUCCUCAUUCUGAGGAGUUCUAGUCUGAUGGGGUCACCAUUUUCCAAGUCAUGCAUGUACAGGAAGCUCCAUCCUGGGACAAAAGAAGAAUGACUGGGCAAAGUGUGGAUCCUGGCAGGCUCUCUGGAGGAGAAGAGCACUGAAGCUUCCUGGAAGGCAGCAGGAGGAAUUUGAGGGUCAGGUGAAUGAAAUCUGGUGGAGAACUUGGGACCUGUGAGACCUCUUCAGAACCUUCACACCAAAGACCAUUGAGAACCACAGCAGGUUCCUGAGGCAGGCAAUGCAGAGUCUGAGGAAGCUGUGAACAGUCCUGGGCACUACCAACAGCUUCCUUGGAGGAUUCCUGUCCUUGGGCAAGUCACUGGGCCUCAUUUUCCCCAUCUGUGCAAUGGGGAGAAGAUAAGAUUGAUCACCAGCUCUAAAAUCAAAUGGCAAGCUCUCAGCCCCCAGAGUUGGGAGACUGAAGAGAUCAGCCCUAUGGCUGAGACUCAGGUUCCCUGAUGUUGGGUGAGGGGAAGGGAAGGCUGGAAGGCCCAGCUGUUCAGCAAAGACUAACAAUUAGAGACCUUGGGGAUAUUCACCAUCUGGAAUGGGAGUCCCCAGAGACGCACUGAUUGCAGCUGGUGGGAAACUCCACCCUCCAUCCCUUCCCACCAGCACUGGUUCCAGCCCUGCAAAGCCCCCUGGGGCCUGCUGGGAAGGAAUCUGGACAACUGGGGAUGGGGUGGUAUAUUCAGCAGACAGGUGAGAGGUGGCACCAGUGCCAGCAGUGCCUCACUGCUUGGAGCUGCUGUCUGUUCUCCUGUUCCAGCCAGGACCCCUUCCCAGGACCUUCCAGGACCAUCAACCGGCAGAACAAUGGGCAGCCAGUGGCUUUUGCUGCUGCUGCUGCUGCUGCUGCUGCUGCUGCUGCUGCUGCUGCUGCUGCUGCUGCUGCUGCUAUUUAUUGAA